UCACACACACGUGUAGCUGUCUUGAACUGUGACCCGGAUCUCGUCUUUCUAACACAUGUACAGCAAAAUAAAUGCGCGGCUUACCUAAAAUGGACCAAAACGCGAAGAAAACGACCUCACGGUCGCUGCUAUCAUGUGGCAACGAAGGAGCUCUCAGUGAGAAACUGCUGCUCAAACGAAAGGCUGGCAAGUCCCUGAAGACAGAGCGAGUCCCAAGAAGUAGCAUGUUGGAGCGGCUACAGAACUUCCUGCCUCAGAUGGCUGAAGCCAACAUGAAGUUGACACAACAGAUGGAAAAGGCUCCUCCGGGUCACUUUGAUAUUGAGAAUGUGGACAAGGCAGAGAAGGUCAUAGAGAUGGACGUGGCUUUGUUGGAGCUCAAUGAGUCAGACAGCUACUCUGAGGAUGAGGAGACAUCGGACUCUGAGGAGGAUUUAGACUCUGAGGAUGGUACCAGAGAAAUCACAGAACAGAACCUCAAGCUGCCUGGAGACCUGGGCAGAAAGCAGAAAGUCGUCAUCCAGGUUCUGGAACGUCAGGGAGACUAGAUGAGUCGACCACAAAGACUUCUGGAGCAGUUUUAGUCUUCAGUGUAAGUUUGGGUUUUUUUUUUUAAUCGCCUCAGUGGAUUCUUUAAAUUCUUCUAAAUGGACUAAAGAAAAGAUGAAAGACUGCUGAGUGAAACAAGAGGAAAGUCUUUUUUAGUGAUGGGACAGUUGACCUCUGACCUCUACAUACUUCAGUGUUAACGUGAAGACUGGACUAACUUUAUGUAGUCAAGUUUUCUUGUGUCACUUUAUACAUGACUGUCAGAGAAGCAGUUUGGUCCAAGUGGUAAAAAUAAAACAAUAAAACAUUUUCAAACUCACUUUUCUAAUUUUCCUAAGUGGGAAAAAGAACCAGAUCCAGGUCAGAGGAGGGAACUCGGGAGGCAGGAUGUGAUCUCUGUCACACAGUAAGACUGAUUAUGUUUGUUAGUUAAACAUUUGGGGAUUUGGGUGCUUAUUUCUCCAGUUCUGUAUCAUAUUAAAGGUUUUUUUAAGGUGAUGUGAAGGUAAUAAAGGCUGAAAAUUUUGGCUUCAUAAAACAUCCGAAGGCAGGCUAAUCUGGCACUUCUAAAGAAAAACAUGCACAGGUGCAGUUUAAAUGUUUGUAGUUUUGGUACAAAUCCUGAACGCCCAGAGGUUUGAUGCUGUUUCUGUUGGAAAAUGUGAUGUUUUAUUUAAUGCAGAAGUUUCUCAUGAUCAGAAAUCUCUAGAAGAAUUGGAUGUUUUAUAAAGCCUCAGUGUUUAUCUGUUACUUCAUGUUGUCACAUUUAUUUUGUCACUAAAUAAAAUGUCUGAACAUGCCGGUGUGGUGAGUGAGUUGUUUUUGCAGGCCAGGAACUCCUGUUGGUUCACCACACUACAAUUAAACAUUCUGGAUAGAAGAAGAAAUGUAUUUACCGUAUAUAACAGAUAAAAUCACAAAGUGCUUCAGAAAAACUAUAAAUAUAAAAGCAGAUGCAAAAAAAAACAAGUUCCAAAUACAGAAAAUUUAGAAUUUGUAAAAAAUAUUUAGAUGAGUUCAUCUCUAAAUAUUUAACAAUUAUUCAUUCAUUUGAUUUAUUCAGUCAGAAAUAUAACAUAACAUAAUAUAAUCAUAAAACAUAAAGCAUUACAUUUAAAGUGACUGAAAAGGCUCAGGCAGAAUUAUAUUAAAAUAAUGUCCUUGUUAAUAUAAUAGUAAAUAAUUAAAACAGACUCUGUCAAACUGAUAUGCCCUCCUCAAUUCUGUACCUGGUAUAAAUGUUGUACUUAUUUUUAAACAGAAUCAUAGUAACACAUUUCCUUAAUGCCCCCUCCAUCCUCUUCCACAGUCUUGCUCCACAUAACAAAACAUAAAAGAUUUUACUUGUACGUGCAAAAGGAAUUCUGAAAUGAAAUUGUUCCCGUAAUUUAUAACCCCAUUCUUUCUCAAUGAAUAAUUUUUAGAUGUUUUCUGGUAAUAGUUUGUUUCUUGCUAGAAAUAAUAUUUGUGCUGUCUGCAAUUCCACGAUGUCUCUGAAUUUUAAGUGUUGACUGUAUAAUUUAUUAGUGUGAUCCCUAUAUCUUAUCUUAUGAAUGAUUCGUAUAGCUUUCUUUUCCAAAAUUAUCAAUUUAAUUCCAAAUUUACUAAAGAAAUUAAGAAAAAUGAAACGACUCCAUGUUGUGAACUCAGUUUUUAAAGUGUUGUCCAGGUUUUUAGACGGCCACUACGAACAGAACACCACCUAGAUAUCUGUAAUGAUGGAGUUGCACCCGCUCAUAUCACCACGGCAACCCUGGAGGGUCCGGCAUCACUCCAGGAUGUGGAGUGCAAACACGCCUUUCCUUACAUUUCUGUCAUCAAAGGCGUGUGUCCAACCCUUUCCCACCCCAGGACUAAAAAUGAGCCAACCCAGGACCCCUCCAUGUUCCAGAGCUCAAGGGGGUCCCACCAUAUUCCCAGUUUCCACGCAGCCUUCAGCCAUCCAGGGUGAUUGUUUCAGGCUGACCUCUUGGACUGUUUACCACUGUUAGUCAUUGUUUCCUCUAACUCAAAUAUAAGCAGAUGGUAUGCAUACUUUUAGCUUUAUUCAGCUUUAAUAACUUUCACAGCUUUUUUUUCUUUUAGGGGACAGUUGUCACAUGGCUCUGCCUUUGGGCCAUUUCAGAAUCCUCCCUGCUGUUUUUCACUAGAGACAUAAAGAGAAUAGAAAGGUUUGUUGCUGUAGAAAUAGGAAAAGACACUUUGCUGUUAAAUACUGAUUUUAUUCUCAUUUAUUAAAAACCGUAUUUACAUAAAAGUCAUAUUUGACAAUGAAGAAAAGUGGAUGUCUACUUUUGGAGACUUAGAAAAAGUAUAAAAAGCAUUUGUGACAAAUUAUUAAUUUUAGUGUUUUAGAAUUAUUUUUGGGACAGAAUUUCUUUAUCAUUAUGCCAAAAAGGAGAUAGUCGUGUGUGUCUGUGUGUGUGCGCAAAGUGACUUGAUAGAACCAACAACAGUAAAUCUACAAUCGUUGGGUACAGAGGGUGAUUUUCUUUUAAGACAUACGUUGUUCAAAACAAGGCAUCAGGGCUACCUUUAAUUGCUGAUCCAAGAUCAGCUUUAAACAUUUCAUUGAAAUUAUUUUAAGCAGACACUGAGAUAUGACUGAUUUAUGGAGCUCUUUUAAACCUGAUAGACUCCCAAAUGUGUUGCUUCCAUUUUCUUCACUGACUUUGCUCCACCAGGACCAACAUAACAUCCCUAGAGCUACUUUGUUACAAACACGGAUGAAGCCCAGUUGUUACAUCACUUCCUGUGUGAGCACUCUAAGGUCCUACACCAGAAUGAUAAACCUGAAACAUUUAACUAAACAUCACCUCUGUCCAGGGAGAAAAAAACUCUCAGAAAAGGUGUUGAAGUAGAACCAUCAUGAGAUGUUUCAAGCAGAAAAAAGAACAAUAACAUUAGGAGCGAUGCGCUGUUGUAGUGUCAAUCCAAAUGUGUCUUUUAUGUUUAUUUAUAGAGAAGUGAAAUGUUCCAUGAGACCUCCAGAUGUGUAAGAAAGAACAUGUUAACCUUGUUUAACCCUCUGAUGCAUGAAUUAUGAAAUCUUCAACCAUGAUUUUUU